GGUAACACCCACCGAUGGUCUCCAUGGAAACGUCGUCCACCACGGAAAAAGGGGAAAAAGUAUCAGCAGUAACGCUAACGUUAGUUCUCUGACCUUGACAAGACAUACUAUACAGUCUUUGACCAAAUUGAUUAUUAUGAACCAAUUUCAGAAUUUGAUAAAUGACUGUCUUAUCGAUACAAAACACGUGGAAAGCGCUGUCAUUCUGGUUGCAAAGACUGCAGCAGUAACUGCGGCGUCUGCAAGGUUUCAGGUUCUUCCUACACAAGCCCAGAUUUUCAUAGACUCUUUCAAGCACAUGACAUCGACCAGAGAGCGGGGCUUCUACUUUCAAGACAAAUCAUACACCUGUGUCCGAGCUGACAGGAACUCCAUCUACUGCAAAUGUGGAACACAUGGCUUGAUUCUUGUGAAGACUGCUCUGUACAUUAUAGUGGCCACAUACAACGACAGCAUGUACCCUAGCGUGUGUGUGGAGGCUGUCGAGAAACUAGCUGUGUACCUCAAGGAAAAGGGAAAAUGAAGCAAGACCUGAAGAGGAGCAGCGUUCUGAUGGAUGAAACUGAUGAAGUGGACUGGUCAAGUUAAACAGUUGCCUACAGGUCCAUGUUAGGCCACCUGCUAAUUGAGGACAAACAUGUUUAGGAGAAAGUUGGUGUGCGUUUGUUUUCUUUCUUUGAACUUGCCCCUGUCCCCUCUCGCAGUAUACAGGUUUAACCACUAGGUGGUAGUAAAUAGUAAAUAACCCAG